AUGACAUUAUCUAAGUUGAAUUUUAUAUUAUUUCUUCUAACUAUUGGAUAUAUAGAACAAAUAAUUAGUCAAUGUUCUAGUCCAUUUACUAAUGAUAAUGGUGCAAAUUUCUGUUAUUAUUAUAAACGAACACUUUUAUCAUGGACCGAUGCUUAUAACCAAUGUUUAAGUAAAGCUACUGAUGGAAUAUUAAUUCAAAUAUCUUCUAUGAAACAAUUUAAUGAUUUAAAAAAUGCAAAUAUUGGUGAAAAAGGUCCUUUUUGGAUAGGUGCAAAUAAUUUAGCAUUUUUUCAUGAUGGCCACUGGCAUUGGCUUGAUGGAUCUACAGUUGAUGAUUCGAGCAUUACAUGGUGUUCAAAUAGUACAUAUGAAGUAGCAAUUGGAACUCAUUGUGCAGCGUAUGAUAGCACUUUACAAUGUGUUACCAAUUAUUUAUGUAGUACUUUAUUGCCAGCUCCAUGUGUAACAGCAUCGUAUGGAGCGAAAACAGAAGCGAAAAAUAUUUUGAGUGGUCGUCAAUCAAGUACUAAUGUAUGUACAAGUUCAUAUGGAGGGGCUUAUGCAAAUUGGUGGACAUAUUCUGUUCUACUUCUCAAUUGGUUUAUACUCUUUUGUUUUAUUCUUUACUUAAGUCAUCAUUUUAAUAUUAAUAAAUACACAGUUAUUUUAACAAUAUCGAUUGUUGUAUUAUCAUUUAUGAUGAUUAUUGCGUUUUCUAUUUUAUGGGGUGUACAAUAUCAAGAUAUUAUACAAAUACCAUUAAUUAUAGUUAUACUUGGUUGUCUAGCAAGUGCACUUUUUCUUAUUGAUAUUUUAAUUCUUGUAUCGAAUCGUACUCGUGUACAAAAAUGGGUGGUGUGUAUGAUAUUAACAAUUUUAGCAAUAGUUAUUGAAUUCUUCCUAAUGCUUGGUCUUAUUCUUUGUAUUGCAUAUUGUUCAGGAUAUAUUUCAUUAGCAUCGACUGAUCUUAAUAAAGAUAUUAUUGCAUCAAUUUUAGCCGGAUUGAUUGCUGCUAUAUCGGUUAUACUCGUUUAUGGAAUUUUGUUUUUCAUAGAAAAUGGCGGUCAAGAUCGUGUACAUGCUACGCCACCUACUAAACCAAAUCCGGAUGCGCCACUUCCAUUAACUACUAAACAACCAUUUGCUCCUCGUCCAUUACAAAAUACUAAUGGACAAAAUCCAAAUGCACCACCUAGAAAAUAUGACAAAAUUGAACGAGCAACAUCACCUGUUGAUCAACGUAUACUUAAUGAAUUUUAUGGUGAUCUUCCUAAAGAUGUACAUCAAUAUCAAUUGGAAGGAAGACAAUAUGUUGUUUAUGAAGGAAUAACUUUAAUUGAUAUUGAUACAUAUAGAAAAGAAUUAACACAAGCAAUGUUAUUACAAGAACCACAAGGUUUACAUGAAGCAAUUAAUCGUGCCAAAAGUUCUAUUUAUGCUUCAACACUUGUUGAAGAAAUUAAUCAAGCUGAAAAAUUAGUGAAACGAUUAAAAUAA